UUUAAUUUUCCGAUAAAGUGCUUAUAAAGCAUAAAGCGUUUGUAUUUGGUAAUCUGGUUUAUACAUAAUCUGUAAUUAUAAAAAACACGAAAAGUUUUACAUCAUACAUAAGUUUUUAAUAUUAUUAUGGAGAAUUGGAUUCCACUGGAAGUAGGUUUCGUUGAUUCCGAUACGGCACUACGUAUAGCUGCAAAAUUCAAACACCUAGAAAUAGCCAAAUAUUUGUUGGCACACGGUGCAGAUGUAAACGCAAUCGAAGCUGAGAGGUGCUGGAGUCCUUUACAUAUCGCUACUGAAAAUAAUGAUAUUGAAAUGAUUCGAUUAUUCACAGAAGCUGGAGCAAAUAUGCAGUGUCGUACUCUGUAUUAUGGAAAUAUGCCAGUUCAUGUUGCAGCUUACCUUGGAUAUAAAGAAAUUAUAAAAUAUUUUAUAGAACAGGGGAUAUAUGUAGAUAUUACGAAUACGUUCAAAAUGACGCCUCUUCAAAUAGCUGCCCGUAAUGGCCACUGCGAAGUUGUAGACUAUUUGCUGUUAAAUAAUGCUAACGUGCAUUUAAGAGGUGAAGAGAAUAAAGGUUCAAUUCAUUAUGCUGUUUUAGGAGGGAAUGCUAAAAUAGUUCAUAGACUUAUAGAAAAAGGAGUUGAUAUAAAUAUUUCUGAUAGCAAUACUGUCACUCCUUUACUUCAAGCUUGCAAACAGGGGUGUGUAGAAAUUGUCCAGUUACUGUUAGAAAACGGUGCAGACGUGGAUUUCCAUACAAAUAAAGGAUAUACCCUACUACAUAUAGCUUGUAUGUAUCAUAGACUUGGCAUGGUUAAAUUUUUGCUUGAAAAUGGUGCGAAAGUUAACAAAAAAACUAUUGAAAAAACUACUCCAUUAUAUUUUGCUCUCUCCGGCACUCGGAAAAAUAAAUGCCCAUCCUGGGAGAUUGCAGAAUUAUUAAUUCUAAAUGGAGCUGAUUUACAACAGGCUGAAUAUAAAGGCAAUUGUCCUUUACUGACAGUUUUAAGAAAUUCGUUGUUGACUUCUUUACGCGAUCUGCAAUAUGAGGCUAAUCUGCACAAAUAUGAGGCUGCUGCAAAAGUAAUAAUCAAAUACAACGUGUUAAUUUACAAUCCCGUCGAAACAUGUCUUCCAUAUAAAUGGUUUUGGUGUCGUGACUUUAAAGAAUUAGAGCAAUACUAUAAUGACUGCCAAAAUGAAAUAAAAAGUAUGAUGCGGGUGGUAAUAAAGAAUACUACUGUCUCAUUGUAUCAAUUAAUUUGUGAGUCCAAUAAAGGUGACGCGUUUGUUAAAUAUCUACGUAACGACAAUAUUAAAAACGAGUUACAAAAUAUUGAAGAUUAUCUUAAAGACUUUUUGAUAUAUCGUAAUAUUAAGCCAUUAGUACAACUUAGGGUUAAGGAAGGCUUUAAAAAAGUGGAAUUACUUAGAGACUCUGACUUAAUAAUGAAAAAAAUUGCGCCUCAGUUACCAUUCGAAAUCAGAUAUACAAUAUUGGAAUACCUAAACAUGACUGAUCUUAAAACUGUGAUUAAAUUAGAUUUAUUCAAAUAAAAAUGAAUUUGUU